CUGAGGUUGAGGAUCAUCAGAAGCACUCCCACUGUGCUCCAGCACAGCACUACUCUGGGGACAACUUGACCCAGGGGCAAGACUCCUUGUUUGUGUCCAUCUGAGCAGGACCAACCAACCAGCAGGAGCAGCAGGAAGAGACCAAAGCAAGAAGUGGGGUCGAGAGGAAGAAAGAGGGGGCUAUCAACCCAGACUAGGCAAAUAAGCCUGCUAGGGACCACCGUCUACUGGGAAGCACAGUCCCCCAAGGGUCCAUCUGACCCGCCUGGUCUUGGUGGGAGCCAAGCUAGGACUAACCAGGGCCAGGCCCUUGAGCACACCAGAGAGGUCAGCAACAGGUCCCCCAACCCGUCUUUAGGGGUGGGAGUGGAGAUAGGAUCAUGCUUUCUCAACCCAUCCAGGGCCCAGCCCCAUGAAACAAUGUGCCUGGUGACUGACCGGAGUCUUUUCUGGGAACUUGAACCAGAAGUUUCUCUCCUUUUAGAAAAGAGAGAAGCUGGGACACUGCAUCCCUCCCCUCCCCCACACUUGGCCAGGGCUCCUGCUCCAGACCAGCUGUGAGCCACCCUUGUGACAUCAUGUGACAACUAAAGAGAACGAUGACUUAAGCACCCGGUUGCCCCACUAUAGAGACUCUAGAAUUUUGUGGACAGUAUUUACUGGGCAUCCCCACCCUGACCAAAGGCAUUUCUGAUCUGAGAGUUCAGUGAUUUGGUCUCGGACAGAAAAUGCUCGUGACCUAGACUAGCUCCAUGGCUAGUCAGAGUACCGACCAGAUAGAUGAAGUCAAGCAGGCCCCAUCAGGUGACGGAGAGCCAGCAACAGAGGUCCCAUCUAAUUCAUCCCUGGAUCCAAAUCUGGAUUCAAGGGAGAUUUUGGAGACCCACAGUGACCAAGCCAUAAGCCAAGAUCCAGGCCCCCAAGACAACCCGCGACCACAGGAUCCAAACCAAGGCACCGUCCACGUGGAAGAAAACCACCACCUUCUCGGGCUCUCCUUCCCAAGAAAGCUUUGGAUGGUAGCUGAGGACGACGCCUUCACAUCUGUGCGCUGGAAUGACGAGGGAGACACCGUGAUCAUUGAAGAGGAUCUUUUCCAGAGGGAGAUUCUUCAUCAGAGAGGCCCAGGGAGAAUUUUUGAAACAGACAGCUUGAAGAAUUUUAUCCGCCAACUGAACCUCUACGGCUUCAGCAAAAUUCGUCCAAACGACCCUUCGCUUCACUCUUCAUUCUCAGGGAACAAGAGAAUCAUGAUGUACCGUAACUCCAAAUUUCAGAAAGACAAGCCUCUGCUCAUCGAGAACAUUCGGAGAAGAGGCGACCUGAGAAUUAUCGCUCAGCCUGGGACCAGCGCAACAACUCCAAAGAGAAAGAAGCAGGUAGCAGCUACGAGGCGCUCCCCACGAAUCCGUCACAAUGAACCCACCAAAGCAGCUGACGAAAUGGCCCAGAAGGAAGCCCCUAAAGCUCAUGGAACCAGUGGCAAUUGGUGGUUCUUGUGUUCUGAUAUCUGUUCUGUGAGAUGUGCCCUGGAAAAUGGUCGCCGAAGUGAGCCAGGCAGCCCAAGUGGGGAGGGCACGUCCAGGAAUAGUAUGUUUGUGCCCCUGGCUACUGCUGGAAGGGAGGGUGCAGGGGAACCACCCACCAGCCCCCCACAUUACCCAGAUCAUGAUUCGGUGAUGUCCUUAUACAACACCUGUUAUUCCAUCCUGCUGGCUGCCCUUUCAGUGAUGUCCUCAAAUGAGGCCCCUGACGAGGACGAGGAGCACAAGGGCUCCUCAGAUUACAAAUGUGUACUUUGUGAGCACUGCAAGGACAAUCCAGGUCCCUAA